UCUGCUCUUUCCCAACACAUUCAUCCUCUGCUAGCUUUGCUCACCACACUGGAAUCUAUCUACUCAAGCUAGCUAGCUGAUCUGAGCCAUGGAGCGGCGAGGAGGAGCGGCGGCGCCGUCGCUGGAGCUGCCGGGGUUCCGCUUCCACCCCACGGAGGAGGAGCUGCUGGAGUUCUACCUCAAGCACCAUGUCACCCGAAACAACAAGCAGCAGCACCUCAAGGCGGCGCCGUUCGACAUCAUCCCCACGGUGCACCUGUACCGGCACGACCCCUGGGACCUCCCGGGGCUCGCCGCCAUCGCCAGCGAGCGCGAGUGGUACUUCUUCGUGCCCCGCGACGGCGCCCGGAAGCACGCGUCCGGCGUUGCCGGCGGCGGGCGCCCCAGCCGCACCACGGAGCGCGGGUUCUGGAAGGCCACGGGGUCCGACCGCGCCGUGCGGUGCGCCGCCGACCCCAAGCGCCUCGUCGGCCUCAAGAAGACGCUCGUCUACUACCAGGGCCGCGCGCCCCGGGGCACCAAGACGGACUGGGUCAUGAACGAGUACCGCCUGCCCGACCUCUCCGGCGCCGGCGCCGGCGAGCAGCAGGACGUGGUGCUCUGCAAGGUGUACCGCAAGGCCGUGUCGCUCAAGGAGCUGGAGCAGCGGGUCGCCAUGGAGGAGCUCGCGCGCGCGCGGUCCUCCCCGCCCACCACGGCCUCCCACUCCCACUCCCACUCCCACUGCAGCGCCGGCUCGCCCGACGUCUCGUCCGCGUCCGAGCUCGCCCACGAGGCCGCCCUCCACCAUGUCCACCACGGGGUGAAGAAGGAGGAGGCCGUGGCGGUGGCGAGGCCGCCGGCCAUGCGGCUGCCGCAGCUGGAGACCGCGAAGGCCAACGGCGGGCUGGAGUGGAUGCAGGACCCGUUCCUGACGCAGCUGAGGAGCCCAUGGAUGGAGGGCCUCUGCUUGUCUCCCUACUACGCCAGCGUCCUCAACUUCUAGCAUGAACCAAAAAUUAUUACUAAUCACUAGUCCAGUAAUCCAUGGAGCCAUCCCAAAAUUCAGAGAUAAAAUACAUCAGCCAGCAGGAGUGUGUAGCGGUCGUCGAAUCUGGCAACAGGCGCUCUUGGAAUGGAGUCUACUGGUUGUCAAAUGAUACUCAAUAUGUGACACAACUAGAGAAAAAGAAUGGUGAAAUUUCACCAUUUAUAGUACAGAUAGAGGAGCCAAAUUUUCACUACUCUAUUAAUUACUAGUUCAAUGGAGUUUGUCCAGAA